AUGUCUUUUGUCAAUUAUGAUGUGGAGGCACAGAAGCCUGACGCUACUCAUAGAAGCUCGUCAGUGAUCAUGGACCUUUCCAAAUCAAUCACGAACUUUGCAACAAACUUGACCAAUCUAGAGAAACUCAAUCGGCAAAUCGGCACCAAAAGAGAUGGGAUUCAGCUUCGGCAGAGGAUAGAAAGUGCUUUGGAUAAGGAAACUGAUCAACUUAAUACCAUAAAAGAUAAAGUGUUCAAUUUACAACUUGUAUCAAAAAAUAACGCCUCUAAUGAUCAAGAGGAAUUGAUAAUUGGCAAACUUCAAAAAGAGUUGGGGAUUAUAACGGAAAACUUUAAUUCAUUGAAGAGAAAAUACGAUGAGAAGAAAAAUUCCGCAAGUAUAAAUGACCUUAUUGAUGUUAUUAAUGACGAGGAACUGAACAAUGCUGCCCUUGGUGAGGAAGAACAAGAAGACGAGCCGUCAGAAACAACAGGGCUCCUUCAACAGCAGCAACGGCAACAAGAACAGGAACUUAUCAAUCGAUAUGAUAUGGAUUUCCAUCAGUUACUUGUCCAGCAAAGAGAAAAUAACAUUUCGGAAAUUCAGCAAGGGGUGGAAGAAAUCAAUACCAUCUUUAAAGACAUUAAUUCAUUGGUGUUACAACAGGGCGUGCAGGUGGACACUAUUGAGAAUAACUUGACCAAUUUGGCUAACGAUACUCAAAAUGCUGCUCAAGAAUUGACCAAGGCAAAUAAUUACCAAGAGAGAAAGAGCAGAUGUAGCUGUAUUAUAUUGGUAGUGUUAUCUGUGGUUGUGUUGGUGAUCACUUUGGCAAUUAUCAGCUGA